CAGCUGGAGUUUCUGGCUCCUGUACGAUUCACGGAGAUGUGAUACGUUUACUUGUUCGCACAUUUUGUCAUGCGUAUUUUAUGAGAUAAUUAAAGUAUAGGCUGUCUAUUUGUUUACUUAGAAUCACUCAGCGGUUCGUAUAAUUGUUAACGAAAAUAAGUUUACCUUGUUAACCUAAAAAUGAUGCAAGCAUCCAGAAACGUCGCGCGCACUUUACUUUCCACAUGGCAAUCUGUAUCUGCAACGCCAGCGGCUGGUUUAAAGGUCUUUCGUUCUCCAGUAAAGUUUGGCGAGAUUGAAUUCCCGGAACGAGCGAGACUCAGAGUAGUGGAAAAAGUGCCGCAGUAUCCAGCGGGGAUGCGUCCUCCCAAGAUGCAAAAGCGACUGAGAUACAUGCGGGGUCCGGAGGAGGUGCACAAUAGUCUCAUGUACAGGCAAUUCGGCAUCGUUGCUCUGAAAGGAGGUAGAUUGAGAUAUGGUCACUUCGAGAUGAUACGUAUGACAAUCGGUAGAAAACUCGAUCAACAAAGGAUGUUUGCAAUCUGGCGUGUGGAUCCACCGUGGCAGCCAGUUACAAAAAAGGGACAAGGAAUGCGUAUGGGUGGAGGUAAAGGUGCUAUUGACCACUAUGUCACCCCCAUUAAAGCGGGACGAGUCAUCGUAGAAAUCGGUGGCCAUUGUGAAUAUUUUGAGGUAAAGCGAGUAUUAACGCAAGUUGCAAAUCAACUACCGUUCGAAGCCAAAGCUGUCAACCAAGAGAUUUUAGAUAGACACGCAGCUAAAGAAAAACGGCUCGAAGAGAACAAUCAACAUCUUUGGACGUGGAAAUAUAUGGUUCAGAACAACAUGCUCGGUUGUAAUAGAUGGAUAUCACCAGUUGAUAAAUUAUGGUUCAAUAAACAUCGUUAAUAACGAAAAAGUAAAACUGAAAAA